UAAACGUAUGAACGUCUCUCCGUCUAUCUACCAUCCUCUUUAGGAAAACCUUUGGGCUCAAUUCAAUCUCCAUUCUCGGUUAUUCCUUUCAAUUUCACCACUCAUUUCACCACAUUGAUUAGGUUAGGGGCUGAGGAUCGACCUUCGUCCGCGGGAAGAUUAUUGCCGACACUACUCACCUCCUUUUUCCCCUUUCAUUUUCUUCCUAUUGUUUUCAUCGUGUGGCAGGGGUUCCGGGUUCUCUUCCGCUGCACAACACCGUACCCUUUUCCUGUAUGUGCUUACAUCAAGUGUUGUGCUCUUGGAGUUAGUGGAGAAAUGUAUGUUCGAACAAUAUCAAAAAAUUAUUGCUUGAUCAAACAGCCUCUUGAUGGAAGCUUCUGCUUCGCUCAACUACACCUUCAGAAUAUGUUGAAGAUGUGGACCUCUUGGUUAGGAGGGCAGAAAGAUGCUUAGAAGCUGGGGCAAAUAUGAUAAUGAAGACGCAGAUGAAAUAUGCGGGCGCCCUGAUUCUGUCCGGGCGGCCGUGAUUGCAAGAAUCAUCGGUCAUCUAGGAUUAGCAAAAACUAUGUUUGAAGCAUCAACUCCUCAAAUUUCAGAAUGGUUUGUCAAACAAUAUGCCCCCCCCCCUCCCCCAGGGUAUGAGUAUUAAUUAAAGUACUCAAUUUCAAUCAUGUGAAAAUUUCUUGAAUCAGUUUGGUAAUGCGGUAAUGCCUAUAAUGGCUGAAGGGGCAGUAGCUGCUAAAAUUUUGGUUUAAAUGAUUGAUUUAUCUAAACUAAGAAUAGUUAAAAGUAUUCGUGAAAUAAACUUUAAGGAAACAAUAUAAUAAGGAAAUUCAGAUUUUUUGAAUGAUACCAAGUUUUUGUGAAUAAACCUCACUAAGAUUUCUUGCAAGAUUUGAGUAUUGCCAGUAUUAACUUAAUUUGUAAGGAUUACUUAAAUUUCUUUGAUGCCAAACUGAUAUUUUUAGGUAGAUGGCACAUUUAGCUGCUGAAAUUGAAAUCCUUGGCAGUGUAGUUGUGUGUUUACCAAAAUUAAGCUAUAAUUACAAACAUUAACUAAUUGUAUAUGUAGAAUUACUAGAAUAUUAGGUGUUUUCAGAUAUUUUGACAUUUCUUUACAUUUUUUGCAUGUCCAAUAUAAAAAUUGUUUCCUGCAUUUCUUAUAGAUAUUUAAUUUCCCCAAAUUGUAGCUGUUUAUUCUUCCAUUUUAUUGGCUGAUCGGAUAUACAUCCAUUAGAGAUAAUUUCUUCACCAGGUAAUUGCUAAUUUGCUACAGUUUUCUUCUACUUCUCAUAACAUUUUUUCAUGAACAUUUCAUCAUGGUCUUUCUCAAAUUGUUCUACUUUACAGAGAAACUAUUUUCAUUCAUUCUUUAGCAGAUAAGACAAAUUUUUAAGCAUCUAGGCAGAUUAUUUCUCAAAACAAAAGUAGCAGGUUAUUGCUGCAGAUUCUUUCUCAAAACAUACUACUGCAGGUGAUCCUUCCAUAAGUGAAUAAGUGCAAGGUAUCAGAUAAAGUGUGGUUUCAAAUAACAUAAAUACAUUUUUAAAGCAUCAUUGUAAAUGUCCUUAUCAGUUCAACUACAUGUAUGUUAGAGCUUAUCCUUUGCAGGCUAUUUUUAAAAUCUCUAAAGCUACUGGAAGAAAAAUAGCUACGAUUCCUUAUGAGAUUUGAGUGCUGCCAGUUUUAAUUUAUUUGUAUGAAAUACUUAAACUCCUUUCAAAAAAAGGAUGGGGGAUUGGACAUCAGCCUGGAAUUUGAAGCUCCCACCGAAAGUCAAGCUCUUAUUCUGGCAAGUAGCGAUCGGGGUGCUUCCAACAGUUGAUGUCUUGAGGAGAAAACAUCUGCAAGUUCAAGCGGGCUGCCAGUUAUGUAAAACAGCAUAAGAGAACCCUCCUCACUUGUUUAGAAACUGCCCAAAAGUAAAAAUGUUGUGGACUAAGCAUGGGUUACCAUCUGCAGGUGAAAGAGGGACUUUUGUAGGUUGGCCAAACAUUAAGUACACAUUAUAUGUAAAAAUAUUUUUGCCCAGCUGAAUUUUAGGUGGUGUACAAGCUAAGACUUCUCUAAAUGCAUCCUAAAAUGUUUAGGGUAUAAAUGUUUUAUUCCUUAAGAAAGAAGACUAAAUAGGGUAUAAUCUUCUGAAGUUUUCAAGCUUUUCCAUUUUUUCUAAAAUAAUUAGUUUUGCAGAACAAAGGUUUUCUUAAUUUAACAUUCUAAGUUUGGGUUAUCACUCUCUUCUUUUAAGCUUGACAUAGUAUUCUUUAAGCGUACAAGUUUUUCUUAUUUUAAGCUCUUCAGCUUGGUUAUUACUCUCCUUUUAAGUUUGACAUAGUCUUCUUUAAGCUUAAAAGGUUUUCAAUUGUCCAUCAUACAUUGUUUCAGCAUUGUUUAAGAAUAAAACCUCCUCAUACAUAAGAAGAAAUACAUAGGACAAUUGUCCACUUUGGUGAAAUAUGAUAGGAGUAAUAAAAAGAGGUGGAAACCAAGAGACUGCUAUCAAAACUUAAAGAUAUUCAAUUUUUGUCAGGUGGAGCAGCUUUGACUCUUUGAGUAUGCAAAGCUAAACAACUAAAGUGCUAGAUCACUACCUGCCCAAGUGCCUCCAAUUUUCUUCGAGUAGAGCUGUGUACCCAAAAUGAUCUUUUCCCAGACCACUAUUGGAGAUAAAGUUGUAUAUUCUAGGUUUCUUGUAUAUGUACCCAAAAUGAUUUUUCCCAGACCAUUAUUUUGAAAUAUAUAUUUUUGGUAUCUUGUAGUUGUAGCUCUUAAUAAUUAUAUUUUUGGUUUCUUGUAGCUGUAGCUCUUUUGGGUGUUUGUUCUAAUGUAAUGCUUAAAUGUAAUAUUUUGUUUAGUUUCGUGAUAAAUGAUGUUCAAUGUUUGCAGGUCAUCUAGCGGCAAUCACAGAACUCCAACAAUGUAGUAGAAAGCUCCAACAGUAAAUUACGAAGAAGAAAACAAGGAAAGUGUAAAAACUGGUAUGAGAUUUAAUGUGGUCUAAUUGUUUUCAAGUUAAUACUCCAUCUAAACUAUAAUCGAACAAAUCACAAAACAACUAUUACUUCCCCCUUUCAUGACCCCUCUUGAAAAUUAAAAUCUAAACUCAAUUCUUUGUGUUGUAGUUUUUGUUGUCAAAAUCCGGUCAUACAUAUAUUGUCGCAGAUUGUUGACAGAGGUGUUUGAAUUCUUUGAUUGUUUACUCCCGUGAGUUCCCGUGUCUUGUGAAAACAUUAUAGCACAAAGAUCAUGAGGCAACCAUGCAUGGUUCAGGAGAGUGUUGAGUUUAGGCAUGGGAGGAGAAAGCACACCUUCAAACCCUGAUUCUCCUAAGUUGUUUUAAUGUAAUUUUUGUAUGCGAAGAAUUAUAGCUCUCAAGCAUUACGUGGUCACCAGCAUGCUCGCAAGAAGGAAAGAGGUGCAUUGAAAAAGUACAACUUGAUGGGUAUGGCAUUCCAUAAUCCCAUGUUAAGGUCUAUGGGGGUAUACACCAUGGAAUUAUGCAUGGUCAAGGGAGGGUUGAUGGAAAUGGAAGUAUAAUAGUGACAACGUUUGGGAAGCCUCCUAAUACAAGAUUGUCUAUGUCAGGGCUGCCUGAUCCAAGGGACAAAGUAGCAGACUCAACAUGGCUAGGAAGCUUUUGGUUCAAUCCUCAAGAAGCAGAGGAGCAGUCCUAUCCUAAUAAGCACUUUUGUUUAAUCCUCAACCUACCUGUUACAUGUAAUCUUAUACGUAGUAUAACAUUGUUUCAAUGGAAAUUGUUAUAUAGCCACCUAGAGACAUGUAAAAUGUCUAUUAUAAUCCAAUGCAAAACAAUAUAUUGAAAAUCUACAU